CCUGAAAAAUAGCUGGGUGAAGGGGCUGCCUUCUUCCCUUCUUGCGCCCGCCGCAAGUAAACGGUUUAGGUUUUGUCGUGGGUUUUUUGUUGGGGUUUUUGGUUUUUUUACUGGGAGGUCUUGGGUGGGGAAUAAGCUGAGCAACUAGCACGCGCCCGGCCGCUGGCCUCAGACGGCGCGCGCCACGCUGGGCCCCAGGCUGCCGCCCCACAGCCACCUCCUCCCACAGCGCCGCCUGGCGCCCGAGCGCCGAUACAGAAGAAGAGUUCCGGGGUUGGGCGGAAGCAGGUGGGCUGCUAGGGAGCCCCGCCUCAUCAGGCAGAAGCAAUCGCCGGCAGCGCUGCCGAGGAGCGCGCGCGGGACAUUUGAAGGCGCGGCUAUGGAGUCCCUGCAGCGGGAUCUGGCCGCGGCGGCGGCUGAGCCCGAGCCCGAACCCGAGCCGAACAUCCUGAUGCUGCUCCGCCUGAGGGACCAGAUGAAGCAGCAGCUCAUGGAGUGCAGCACUGCAGUUCGUGCCAGUCAAGAAAUUUGCCAUGGUCACAUCCUUGAAGAAAACUUUACCAUGAAUAAUGGACAAGAUUUGCAAAGAAAUGUGGAGGAAGCAAAAGUCUCUUUCCAGAACAAGACAUUAGCCUUGCAAAGGAUCCAACUUAUGGUUGCACUGAGAAACAAAAUGAAGGAAAAUGACGAUGACUCACGAAUGAUCACGGAAACUAUGAAACGCAUAGUACAGCUCAGCAUGGCAGUGAUUGAGUAUCAGCAGCAAGCACGUGAGAAAGAACAGAAAUUGCUUGACAUUAAAAGGAAAAGAUUCUCACUAAAAAAAGCUGGAGAACAGAAACUACUGCAAAUUCAUACCAUGAUGAAAAAACAAAAGGAGGAACAAGCAUCUAUGAAAGUGACCAAAAUGAUGGAGAAGAUACAUAAUGACUUUGAAAGAGAGAAACAGAUGACUACAAUAAUUCAAAAUGUAUUCCAGAAUAUCAUAAUUGCAAGCAGAGUUAACUGGGCAGAAGAUCCAUCUUUAAGGGAAAUUGUUCUACAGCUUGAAAAAAAUGUCAAUUUUAUUUGAACCAAGAGAAAUGGUGUUUCAUUUUAUGCAGUAUAUAUAAUCAAUGUUUUAAAUUUGGUAGAUUAAUGUGCAUCAUGAAAACACACUUUAAGAAUUUGAAAAUCUAACCUUUCUGGAAAUAGUUAUUCUCUCUAGAGAGUCGGAAUGUGGCCACGCAACUCUUUUAGUUAAAUCUAAUUAAAUUUAAUUCCUGGCACACAACAAAUGUUUUAACACAUAGCUGUCCUGUCCCAAGAGCUCAUUUCCCUCUGAAAGGCAGCAAUAGCACAAGAAAUAAGAAUAAUCUAUAUAUUUCCAGCUUUUAUGUAAAGGUGGGCUUAGAACAAGGCUUUGCCCUUUCUUUCCUCUUCCACUGGGCACCCACAGGAUGCAUGACCCUGCUCUGCCCCUGCGGAAAGCCCAAACUGCAAAACUUAGUUAACUCAGUCUUUGGUUUUUUGUUUCCCUUUUUUAAUUAAAGCAUGAUGUAUAAUUUUAAAUACCAAAAAGAUUGUACUCUUAAUUGUACUGGUCACUUGUGACUGUGCUAUAUGCUGAUUAGCUAGGCAGAGCAUCCAGCUGUAGAUGCAACCGGUAGGUGCCAUCCCAUGUAGCAAAAUGACAACCCUAGACAAAAUGCAGAUAAGGUGGAAGAGGUGACAUCAUGCUAUCGACUGUGCUGCUGAGCAGUAUUUUUAAAUAUAUUUUUCCAUUGAUACAUGCAUUUUUGCUUUAUGUUUGGAGAAAAUUAGUCAAACUGUAGCGUGUAACAUAUUAAAAUAGUGUUGCUUUUAAUUUAGUAAAUGAAUAGCAGCUUUUAAAAGGUGGAUGGGACUUGUCUUGAUCCAAUAAAAGUAAACCAUUUUUACUUGAA